AUGGCGAGGCCUCUGGAUUCCCCGCUGUGGUAUCUCUUAUUCUUAUCGCCAGUCGUGGUGCUGCUCCUCAUCCACCGCAAACUCUCAGCCUCCAAGCGCCGUCUUCCUCCGGGACCGCCGGGAUGGCCUCUCUUCGGAAACAUGUUCCAGCUAGGACCCAUGCCUCACCGCACUCUGGCCCAUCUCAAAGAUCGAUACGGCCCCGUCGUCUGGCUCAGAAUAGGCGCCACCAACACCAUGGCCAUACUCUCCACUAAGACGGCCGCCGAGUUUUUCAAGAACCAUGAUCUCUCCUUCGCCGAACGAACCAUCACCGACAUGAUGCGCGUCAACAACUACGACAAGUCCUCCCUAGCCCUGGCCCCUUACGGCUCCUACUGGCGGAUCAUGCGACGCCUCGUCACCGUUGACAUGUUGGUCGCAAAGCGACUCAACGAGACGGCUCACAUUCGAAGGAAAUGCGUCGACGACAUGCUUGUUUGGAUCGCGAGAGAAGCCAACAAGUUAGAGGAGGGGCGUGGCCUUCACGUGGCCCGCUACGUUUUCUUGAUGAGCUUUAACUUGCUGGGCAACCUGAUGCUGUCACGUGACUUGUUCGACCCUGAAUCGAACGAAGGGUCGGAGUUUUUCACAGCGAUGAUGGGUAUGAUGGAGUGGACGGGCCACGCAAACGUGGUGGACUUGUUCCCCUGGCUAAGGUGGUUGGACCCUCAAGGCCUCCGAAGGAACAUGGAAAGAGAUAUGGGAAAAGCCUUAGUAAUCGCUUCCAAGUUUGUGAAAGAGCGCAUAGAGAAGCAGAGUACUGGCGAGAAGGCGCAAAGGGAUUUCUUGGAUGUCUUGCUUGAGCAUCUGGACAAUGAUACAAACGAAGAGUCCCUCAACAUAUUCAUAUUGGAACUCUUCUUGGCUGGUUCAGAGACUACGAGCAGCGCGAUCGAAUGGUCCCUAACGGAGCUGCUGUGCAACCCGGAGACGUUAACGAAGGCCAAAGCAGAGCUUAGUGAAGUGGUUGGGUCCGACAGGAAAGUGGAAGAGAGUGACAUAGAGAAUCUUCCAUACUUGCAGGCUGUAAUUAAGGAAACACUUCGACUGCAUCCUCCAAUUCCGAUGCUGGUGCCUCGAAGAGCAAUUCAUGAUACAGAAUUCAUGGGAUAUUUUGUACCCAGACAUACCCAGGUGUUUGUGAACGCAUGGGCAAUCGGAAGAGACCCAGAUGCGUGGGAAGACCCGCUGGCUUUUAAACCUGAGAGAUUCUUGGGUUCCAAGAUUGAUUAUAAGGGGUCUCACUAUGAGCUGAUCCCGUUUGGGGCUGGACGGAGAAUGUGCGCCGGCGUGCCGUUGGCUCAUAGAACGCUUCACUUGGUGUUGAGCUCUUUGCUUCACCACUUUGACUGGACACUCGCCGGGGAUGUGACGCCGUCCACCAUGGACACGAGAGACCGGCUUGGGAUCACUAUGAGAAAGCUCGAGCCCUUGUUCGCGCUCCCUAAAAUGGUGAAAAGUGAAAGUUAA